AUGGUGAGCAUCUGGACCAUCGCAAUCUUCCUGCUGGGAGCUGUCCAAGGAAAAGAAAUUUGCUAUGGUCAGCUCGGCUGCUUUUCGGACUCUGAGCCCUGGGGAGGAACUGCAAUCAGGCCCCUGAAAGUCCUGCCCUAGAGCCCCGAGAAGAUCGGUACCCGCUUCCUGCUGUACACCAAUGAGAACCCAAGCACUUCUCAGAAUCUCCUUCUCUCUGAUCCAUCGACGGUUGAGGCAUCAUAUUUUCAAACGGACAGGAAGACACGCUUCAUCAUCCACGGCUUCAUAGACAAGGGCGAUGAGAACUGGCUGCGGGACAUGUGCAAGAACAUGUUCAAGGUGGAGGAGGUGAACUGCAUCUGCGUGGACUGGAAGAAAGGCUCCCAAACCACCUACACGCAGGCCGCCAGCAACGUGCGCGUAGUGGGCGCCCAGGUGGCCCAGAUGAUCCACGUGCUCUCGACAAACUACAGCUACUCACCUUCCCAAGUUCACCUCAUCGGCCACAGCCUGGGAGCCCACGUGGCUGGAGAGGCAGGGAGAGGCCUGGGCAGGAUCACAGGGUUGGAUCCCGUGGAAGCAAGUUUCCAGGGUACUUCCGAAGAGGUUCGCCUUGAUCCCUCCGAUGCCACCUUUGUGGACGUGAUUCACACGGAUGAGGCUCCUCUGAUCCCCUCCCUGGGUUUUGGAUCGAACCAGCUGAUGGGUCACCUUGACUUCUUCCCCAAUGGAAGGGAAGAGAUGCCGGGGUGCAAGAAGAACGCCUUGUCACAGAUUGUGGACCUAGACAGCAUCUGGUCAGGAACCAGGGACUUUGUGGCUUGCAAUCACCUGAGAAGCUACAAGUAUUACUCAGACAGCAUCCUCCACCCCAACGGGUUCACUGCAUACCCCUGCGCUACCUACAAGAACUUUGAGUCUAACAAGUGCUUCCCCUGUCCGGACGAAGGAUGCCCACAGAUGGGCCACUAUGCCGACAAAUUCGCUGGCAAGACGAGUGAAAAGCAGCAGAAAUUUUUCCUGAACACAGGCGACUCCAGCGAUUUUGCACGCUGGCGAUACGGCGUGUCUGUCACGAUGUCUGGGAGAACGGUCACUGGUCAGGUCAAAGUUUCUUUGUUUGGAAAUAAGGGAAAUACUCACCAGUUUGACAUCUUCAGGGGGAUUAUCAAGCCAGGCUCCACCCAUUUCAAUGAGUUUGAUGCAGAGCUGGAUGUUGGAACAAUUCAGAAAGUCAAAUUCCUUUGGAAUAACCACGUGGUAAACCCAACGCUCCCCAAGGUGGGCGCGUCCCAGAUCACCGUGCGGCCAGGAGAGGGGAAGACAGUGUACAGCUUCUGUAGCCAAGAUACCGUGAGAGAAGACGUCCUGCUCACUCUCACGCCCUGUUAA